AUGCCAGCUCAAAGUUUCAAAAAGCUUGCCAUCGCCGUGGGCGGGACCUUUCCCAACCUGAAACAGGCUGACUUGAAAACGCUGAUUGAGAAGAAUGGAGCGACUUUCAGCACAGCGGUCACGGACGAUUGUACCCAUCUGGUGACCACUGACAAGGAUGUGGAGAAGCAGACUACCAAAUACAAACAAGCUUCCCAGCUCGCCAAUUGUCACAUUGUCCCACUUUCGUGGCUUCUCGAAUCAGACGAGGCCAAGAAACCGUUGCCGGAGUCGAAAUAUUCCUUCGGCCAGGCCGAUCAGGCGUCUCAGGUUGACGACAAAACACAGAAGAACACUGCGGACGGUAGCGCAUCUGUUCCUACAGACAACAAGCGUACUACCAGGAAGCGAGGCGCGGAUGCGGCUUCUGCUGAAAAGGAUGCCGACAAAACGACAAAUGACGCCCACAAGAAUGGUGCAAAUGUCAAAGCUGAACCCUCCGAGGAUAAAAAGCCUGCAACCAAGAAACGAAGCGCUGAUGAAGACCCUGUGAAAAAUGGUUCCAACAAAAAGACAAAAGACAUCCAGAAGACAGUCACAAAGGCGCUUAAUAUCCCAAUUGACGAGGGCUUUGAGGCACUUGGUAAACUCAAGGACCCCAAGGUCUACAUUGAUAAUGCAGGCCUCAUCUGGGAUGCCACCCUCAGCCAGACUGUGGCAGCAAACAAUGCCAACAAGUUCUAUCGUGUCCAGUUGUUGGUCGGUGCAAACUCAAAGUACUUUGCCUGGACGCGGUGGGGUCGAGUUGGAGAGCAUGGGCAGUCAGCCUGUCUCGGGGACGGCGGCUUGGAAGCCGCGAUGCAGCAGUAUGAGAAGAAGUUCAAAGACAAGUCAGGCCUCAAGUGGGCUAAUCGGCUCGAUACACCUAAAAACGGAAAAUACACGUUCCUUGAGCGCAACUAUGAAGAGGAUGACGAAGAGGAAGAGCCCGUGAAAAAGGAGAAAACAAUCAAAGAAGAAGACGACGAGCCCGCGCCUGAGAGCGCCCUAUCCAAAGGGCUUCAAAACCUCAUGUCCUUCAUUUUCAACAAACAAAAUGUUCUCGACACUUUGGCCGCAAUGUCCUACGACGCCAACAAACUGCCACUGGGAAAGCUGGGCGACAGAACUUUGAAGAGCGGGUUUUCGGUUCUGAAAGAGAUAUCCGAGCUGAUGAUUACACCAGCCCUGGCACAUGAAAGAUAUGGCCAACCAUAUGGUGAUGCCUUAGAGACAUUGAGCAACCGAUAUUUCACCUUGAUUCCACACGUCUUUGGCCGCCAUCGGCCCCCAACCUUGAACACAAACGCGCAGAUCAAGAAGGAAAUCGAUUUGUUGGAGGCACUGACUGAUAUGGACGUUGCGAAUGAAAUCAUGGUAUCUUCGAAGGAACACGAUGACAUCCACCCGCUGGAUCGCCAAUUCCAGGGUUUGGGUAUGCAGGAGAUGACCGAACUGGAUCACAAAUCAUCCGAGUUCAUAGAACUCGAGAAUUACUUGCAGAACUCCCGCGGCGAGACACACAGCAUGAGCUACAAGGUGGUGAACAUCUUCCGCAUCGAGCGCCGAGGCGAAAACGACCGCUUCAACGCCUCUCCCUACGCCAACAUCCCAAACAGCGAUCGCCGCCUCCUCUGGCACGGAUCCCGCAGUACAAACUUCGGUGGUAUCCUCAGCCAAGGUCUUCGCAUCGCACCCCCGAAGCACCCCCGGGGGAUGGGGUUACUUCUUCUCUGCGAUGCCGAGCUCGGUGCGCCCAUGCUGGAGCUUGACGACAGCAACUACAAUGCUGGCGAGGAAGCGCACAAUGCUGGCAAGAUUGCCACGCUCGGCAGGGGCUCCAACAUUCCUGGUGGGUGGAAGGAUGCUGGAUGCUUGAGUCCGGCUUUGGGGGGUGUGACGAUGCCUGAUGUGGCUAUUGGCAGCACCCAGGAUAAUAACGGCCGGGGUCUGUACUACAAUGAGUACAUUGUGUAUGAUGUUGCGCAGAUCCGACAGCGUUAUUUGUUCCAGGUCAAGAUGAACUGA